CGCCCCCUGCAGGUGUCCUCGAGUUUGGAAGAGGGAGAGGGUAGCCCCUGCAUUCGACUCCGUGAAAUAACCGAGUCCGUUGGCUUGCAUUUUCAGGUUUUUUCGCCCAACCCCUGGAGAUGAGCUUCGGCUUGCAGCGAGCCCUGGGAGACGCUUCGGGAGGUCCGACCCCGGCUUCCGAGUGUUUCCCCGAAAGCUCGAAGCCCAGGGCAGCCGGUAUUUUCGCGAGAGCUUCGCGCUGCUCGCAGCUCGGCAAGCCCUUCGGCUGCCCCAAGUGCGGCAGGGGGUUCACCAUCAAGGGCAACAUGACGAGGCACCUGAAGUACGAGUGCGGACAGGCCCCCAGGUUCCAGUGCCCCUACUGCGAGUUCCGCAGCAAGCAGACCUCGAACGUCAUGUCGCACAUCAGGACCAGGCACACCGGGGAGAAGGUCUACGUCGUCCACCUCGAGUACCAGGACUGAUCGAAACCCAGCCUGUAUCGUGCUUGCGAAUAAAUUGACACUCCUCGAUAUCUCCUGGACACUCGCUCCGGGUCGAAUCCCUCGUCCGACUCGUGUACGCCGCGAGUUGCCGAUUAUUGGAGCCGAAUUGGAGUUCCGGGCGACUCCGUCGAGGAUGGCUCGAAGAUGGAGCGGAAGCUGCCGAAGGACUCCCUGCUUCCCUCCACGUCCUAGCUUCCUCCAGUUCUCGAGAACGUCCCAGGAGCUUGCACGACUAACGCCUCGCACCUAAUCAUCGCCCACGGACCUGGGAGCUUGCGGGAUGUGUGUCGAUCGCCGCUAACUGCACGCCAUGUUCCUCGAUCUUUGUUGAGACCAUCUCAGGAUCGAUCCUCACCUCGAUCGAAAGGCUUUUUUCAACGUCGCGCCCCGCGACUCCACCCUCGUCCUCGAGGGGCACGUCGCGGACCACUCUCGCGACGCCUUUUGCUCACCUUUCCCCGCGUUUACACGUAUCUACCCAUCUUCACCCACCUGUUGCAUGCCCUCUCUAACUCGCUAACCUCGGGUGGACCGAUAUCGAGGUCGUCCUCGGGCUUUUCACCUCGAAAUCUAUUGCACCCCGUGUCCGUGGGGGAGUUUGGUCGAAGUGGCAUGCGAGUCGGUGAUCGAUCGAUCGAUCCAUGGGAUGGGGUUCCUAAAAAUCGAGGUUCUUGAUAGAGUCAGCCGAACCCAGGUGUCCCGUACGUCCGGGUACCUUGGCUCUCUUGUUCCCUGA